CUGGGAAUAGAGGGGUAUGAUGGGUGAGGUUACAUGGGCUUUACUGCCACAGGAUUUAAUGGUUCUUAUUUUCUCUAGAUUCCCUAUUCCAAGCCUUAUAAAGCUGAAGGUUGUCUGCAAGCAAUGGAAUACUAUAAUCUCCUCAAUUGGCACUGCAUUCCGACGAAAUACAACAAUUGUACCAGUUUCUUCUACUCCUGCAUUUAUUGUAGAGCUCAGAUAUGUGUCUUUUUGGAAUCGACCCAUAACUAUCUUCACAACUACACUAUGGAUGGUAGAAGGGCAAAAAUGUAACUUUUACAGACUCCCUUUGGAUUUCUUCCCAACUUCUGUGAACGUCAUAGCUGCUUGUAAAAGCAUAGUUUUGUGUUGUAAACACAAUGGACUGAAAGAAUCCCCGGCCAUGUAUGUGUGCAAUCCUGUUACAAAGUCAUGGAGACAGCUCCCUUCUCCAAGUUGUCUCAAGUGGUGGGACUUCGUUGCUUUAUCAUUUGAUUCUGCUGCUAGACAAUGCAAAGUAUUACUGGGAAGAGGGUUCAUUAAAGGAGAGCUGCAAUCUGAUAUGGAGAUAGAAAUGUAUGAUUCCUCUGCAUCUUCAUGGACUAAGCUUCACAUAAGUACAGCCACUGCUCCUGUUUGUCCAAGAGGUGAAGGGAAUUACCACAAAGGGAGAUUUUAUUGGAUCAAUGCGAACAAUAAUAGAUCAACAAAUGGAGAUGUGGUGGGGUUUAAUGUUCAGGAGAGAAGUUGGCAUAUAAUUCAGCGGCCUGGUGAUGGGGAAAUGGGUAGAGAAGUUCCAAUUUCAUGGUGUUUAAGUGGGGUUGAUGGGAGAUUGAUGCUAGUGUAUAAAUACAAAGGUGUUAGUCUGUGGAGAAUGGAGGAAGAUUGUGGAGAUGAAAGCAAGAUGAAAUGGGUAGCCGAGAGUAGGACGAACGAGUCGGGAAUAAGGAAUGAAACUUGGCCACUUGCUGCUGUGAAUGAGAGUGGUUGGAGUUUGGUGUAUCUUCCAAAGAAAAAUGGAAUGGUUGUGCUUGAUGAACAGGGAAAGAUGGUGAGGAGAAUCGAGAUUAAAGAAUUGAAGGAGAUGAAAAUGGUUGGAGAUGAUGGAACAUCACCAUCUAGCUUGCGUGCUUUUGAGGCCAAUAAUGUUUGGUGGCCUUAGCCUUCGAAUCUAAUAUGAAUCAAGGCAUCUGUAAAUAGUGUACAUAAAUUAAUCAAUGCAAAGUUGUCUGUGUGGAAAUUGCUCGUGAUUCGGCCUUCCAUACAAUUCCU